AUAAUUAAACAAUUUUGAAUUUCUACAUCGUCGCAAUCAACGUUUUAAUAAAAAAUAAUACAAUCGAUACAUUCAAAUAUAAUCAAAUUUCUACAAAAUCAAGAAGUGAAACUAUUCUAAUCACAACGUCGUUCAAGAUAAAUUUUUUUUCAAAUUCCUUACAAGCCGUUCAAUUCAAUUUGAGUCAAGCCAUUCCAUAUCAAGUACAAUUCAACUACACUGGUCCAAAUAAUUCAAUUCCAUUUCAAUCAAGAAUCAAUUGUUAAAUAUGAAAUAUUUCAAAGUGAUAUUUGUCUUCAUAAUUCCACGCGUGAUUUCUACUAAUCGAAAAAUGUGUUGUUUCGAAGCUUUUGUAUUUCUUUGGUCACUCGUCAAUACAAUGUUUUUAUGGAAUUUACAAGUAGAUUGUUUAGCUCUCCAACCCACAGGUACUAGUGUAGCUAUUCGGUUCGAUAAAUUUGAAUGGGUCAUAAAUGAUAAGUUCGGACGAGCGAACGAAGUAUACGUCAGUCAAUAUAAUGGAUACGAUUUUCUCAAUUUGGCGAUGACGUUUAAUUUCGAUUUUAUUUUACAGAAAUUGAAUGUAGAAUUCAUUAAAUGCAAGGAGCAUUACGUAGACUGUGUGAAUUACAGAAGUUUUGAGGUCGCACGAUUAUGUGGAAACGAAAAAGCUCUAUUACUUUUCGCCAAAAUAGGAUACGUUAAUCGCGAACUGUUGUGUACAAUUAAAAACGGGUCGUAUACACUUAAAAACGUAACGAUAAAUUCAGAAAACAUAGUCAAGUCGUUUGCGCUUUCGUUCGACAAGUGGUGGGAAAAAUCAUGGAAAUGGAACGCUAUUGCUUUUUCCAAUGACGACUCUUUUGUCAUGCGGUCAAACGGACAAAUACGAUACCUUCUUUUGAGUAAUCGAAAGUCGUCUACGGACAGUAGACGACGAAAUAUAAGCCGAUAACUUUUUCAAUAAUUGUUACAUUAUUGGUUUAUUUCUAUUUAUAUAAACAAUUAUUCAAUAUAAUG